AUGGUCUCAUUAACUGACAACAAAUUCGACCCGAACACAGACAUCCCAGACCUGAGCGGCAAGAUCUAUGUAGUGACAGGCGGGUCCGCGGGCAUCGGCUUUGGCAUUGUCGCGCACCUCCUCCAACACAAUCCCGAGAAGAUCUACCUCCUCUCCAAUAAGGAGGUGCACGCCGAGGAAGCGCAAGAAGAGCUUGCAAAGAAGUGGGGAGAUGCUAACAAGACAGCACGCAACCUAGCCAAGGAGCUUACCAGGCUGGAUGGUCUAGUCUGCAACGCGGGGUUGGGUGUUGGUCCAUACAACGAAUCUGAGGACAAGUUAGACACACACAUGCAGGUCAACGUCUUUGCGCAGGCGCACAUCAUAUUGACCUUAUUGCCGGUGCUGCAGAAGACGAAAGACUCCCGCAUUGUAUCUCAGUCGUCAGACCUACACCGCGCGGCACCAUCUUCUACCAAGUUCGAGUCGGUCGAAGAAAUCAACACGGAUAUCGGUGCAACAUUCCUUUACAACCGCACCAAGCUCGCACAGAUCCUCUUCUCCCAUCAACUACUGAAGCGCAUUAAAGCGGGCCGAUUUGGCACAGUCACCGACACUGAAGGUCUACCCUGGAUCAACUCUACCCAUCCCGGUGGUAUCAAGACCGACCAGCAAUUCCAGGCUGAGGAAGCCUACGGCACCAUAGGCAAGAUUGGCGUUAGAGCUGUGCGUCCGUUGCUCGGCGACCCUGUGGACAAGGGAUGCCGCCCGGCGCUGUUCGCUACGGCGAGUCCCGAUAUCGUGACAGAGCAGAUUCAGGGGAGCAUAUAUCGUACCUGA